CCCUUCCAUGCUUUCACAUGACUUGAACAAAACAAAGUUUGAAUCUUUUCAUGGUGGAGAAGCAUUAGCAACCCUCACCUUCUUCUCUAACCCAUUGGGGAACCUGAAUCAAUCAAUUUUAGUUUCUCUUUCUUUAAUGGGUAGAAUCUUCCUGUGCUAGUGUUAAAGGUCACACUUUUUCAAGAACCCAGUUGCAGAUUUGUCCUUGUUUCAGUUGAAGAUGGGUAUUUGCAACCAGGAUGCAAUCAAGCAGUUGCAAUCCAUGAUGGAAAAUGAACAUGCAUCAGGGAUAUCCAACUGAAACACUAGCCAGAUUUCUCAAAGCAAGGGACUGGAAUGUUGCCAAAGCCCAUAAAAUGAUAAUCGAUUGUUUACAAUGGAGAGUUGAAAAUGAGAUUGACAAUGUUUUAUCAAAGCCAAUCCCCGUAGAUGUGUACAAAGCCGUGCGAGAUUCUCAACUCAUUGGAAUGUCUGGUUACUCAAAGGAGGGCCUUCCUGUCAUCGCUGUUGGUGUUGGGCUCAGCACAUUUGACAAAGCAUCCGACAAAUACUAUGUGCAAUCGCACAUCCAAAUGAACGAAUAUAGGGAUCGGGUGGUCUUGCCAACAGCUUCGAAGAAGCAAGGACGUUACAUUGGCACUUGUGUGAAAGUCUUGGAUAUGACUGGUUUGAAAAUUUCAGCGCUGAACCAACUGAGGCUUUUGACUGCUAUAUCUACAAUUGACGACUUGAACUACCCGGAAAAGACAGACACAUAUUAUAUUGUUAACGUGCCGUAUGUAUUCUCGGCGUGUUGGAAGGUUGUAAAGCCCCUUUUGCAAGAAAGAACGAGGAAGAAAGUUCAGGUGCUGCAAGGAUGUGGGAAGGAGGAAUUACUCAAGGUAAUGGACUAUCAGUCUCUCCCACACUUCUGCAGAAAAGAAGGUUCCGGAUCCUCGAAACACCGCGUAGCAGGAGACACUGAAAAUUGCUUCUCCUUCGACAGCAACUUCCACCAACAUCUCUACAACUUCAUCAAGCAGCAAGCCGUCGUCAUGCAAACCAUAUCACCAAUCAGACAGGGAUCCUUCUAUGUUGACUUACCCGAGCCAGACCCCGACGACGCCAAGAUUGCCAAGACCAUCGAAUCCGAGCUCCACAAGUUGGAAAUUCAGAAUGGUUCAAUGAAUGGUGUUGCGGUUAAUGGACACUAAAGACAUGGUUAGCCCGGUUCUGGUCUCUCCUUCAGCCUUGUGAGUCAGUUUCUUCAUAUGCUAUUAUUAUUACUUUAUGAUCCCUUUUAAGGGGUUAUACUAGAUGUAAUACUUGAAUAUUUGCAUCAAGUUAGCUUGAUGCAAAGUUCUUGAGAUAAAAUUUUUUUUAUCUAAUUUCUGUAACCCAAUUUGGGAUGAUGAGUAUAUGGUAUGGGAUCAUGUAGAAAAAGAAAAUCACACUUUUUUUUUCCUCCCGAGAUCAGUUCUUAUGAUCCUCAGUGUACACUAUUAUUUGAAAACAUACACCAGAUUUUAUUAUUUUUUGCC